GUUCGGAAUAGGUGGUGGGAGCGUCAGUGCUGCCAACAAAAAGUUACUAGUUCCAGGGAAAUUUCGUGAAACCUCGUGGCCGUGUCUUUCUCUCGUAGACUCCAUUGAAAAUGGCCACUAUUUCAAAGAAACGUAAGUUCGUUGGAGACGGUGUCUUCAAGGCAGAAUUGAACGAGUUUUUGACCCGUGAAUUGUCUGAAGAUGGUUAUUCCGGUGUGGAAGUACGCGUCACCCCAACGCGUACCGAAAUUAUUAUUAUGGCCACGCGUACCGACCGUGUUUUGGGCGAAAAGAACAGACGUAUCAGGGAAUUGACUUCCGUGGUACAAAAGAGAUUCAACUUCCCCGAAAACUCCGUAGUCUUGUACGGAGAAAAGGUCGCCAACAGGGGUUUGUGCGCCAUCGCCCAGGCCGAAUCUCUGAGAUUCAAACUUAUCGGAGGUUUGGCUGUACGUCGUGCGUGCUACGGUGUUUUGAGAUACAUCAUGGAAUGUGGAGCUAAAGGUUGCGAAGUGGUCGUUUCCGGCAAACUCCGUGGUCAAAGAGCCAAAUCCAUGAAGUUCGUGGAUGGUUUGAUGAUCCACUCUGGUGACCCGUGCAAUGACUACGUCGACACAGCCACUCGUCACGUGUUGCUCAGACAAGGAGUGUUGGGAAUCAAGGUGAAAAUUAUGUUGCCUUGGGACCCCACCGGCAAAACUGGACCCAAGAAACCACUUCCAGACAACGUUUCUGUGGUUGAACCUAAAGAAGAAAUUUUGCCUACUGCUCCCAGCAGUGAGAUCAAGCCUGUCAAGCCUGACGCUCCUUUGGCCAUGCCUGUUGUAGGGUAAUUUUAAGGUGUAACCGUGUUUAUAAUAA